AUGACCCAAGUGAUGACACAAAUGAAGGGAGGUACCACAACAAAAUCGGUCACUCAUGUAUCCUACAAACAGGAAGAUGCGCAAAUUUUCGCUUUCGGCUCCUUGGCCUCUCUGGUACUUUGCGUCACCGGAGCUCCAACCGUCCUUCCGUCUGGCGAGCAUCAGAGUGAGGAGGAACUCUUCCCAAGCAUUUCCCCGGUUUGGGAGUCGGUUUUGGGUAUCGCUAAAGACCACAAGAAAGAUUUUGAAGAUGAAUUUGGAAAUAAUGUCAAGUAUCAUCAGCUGGAGAACUACAAAGUACCCCAGAUGCCAGCAAGCUGCCCCAUCUCCAACUUCAGCAUGGAGGCUUGCCUGCACAGGCUAGCUCAAGGUUUGACCAUCUACACAAACCUCCUAAAGGACGUGGAGAAGGUCUAUCCAGGCCAAAGAAUCCUGUCCGAGGCCAAACACUACACUGGACUCCUGCUCAGGCUCUUUAAACAAAAGAUGAAAAAGCCAGAAGAGUUCACAGUUUCUAACAGCAGCCAAACGGAGAACGUAUCGACGUUACUGGACAACAGAGAUGAGUUCCAAAGAAAGAUGACGGUGAAUUCCAUCUUGCGGCAGCUCUUUAUUUUCCUGGUUGACGGGAAACGGGUGCUCACCAAGAAAGAGAGGCGCAGGGGGAGACACCCCAAAGUCACUAUGUUUCAUAUGCUUUAG